GGUGUUUGGAUUCUACACUGAGGGGAAGGGGAGCUGCUGAAUAUUGGGAAGAUGGUGGUGUACGAGUGCGUAGUGUGUCGCAGGACUGUGUUCUCCAGCAGGCGGAAACAUGUCUACGAGAAGGGACACCGGCAGCGGCUGACGAGUAUCCUCCGUGCCUUCAGUGAUAAGGUGGCAGCUGCGCGUAAAAUGAUCAAGGCUGCCACAGUCGUAAAGUAUGACCCCCCGGAGCAUGAGCAGAAGUUCUGGUGUCACUGCUGUGAGGAAGAAGUGAGAAAACACACGAGUGAUGGCGACCUGACCGUCCUGUACGGAGGAAUGCUGGAGCACAUGAGGAGACCAGAACACCUCAAAGCAGUAAACCGAUACUGGUGGACGCAUCAAGGGGAGGUAAAGAUGAAGGCACAGUUUAUUCUCACUGAGGAUGAAUAUGAACGGUUCAAGUCAUCGGUCACCAAAGCCUUGGAAAGCUACGAGGAGACGGAAGACGUUCUCAUUAAGCAGAUUGCUAGUCAGAUUCGGGAAGCGGAACAGUCCAGGAUGGAAAUGUUGAAGACUGUCCUAGAGCCUGAAACCCAGCUUACUGGAGAGGAGGAUGAAGCCUGGAGCAACAAUGAUGUCCUGGGCAGCAGAACGUCCCUUGAAGACUUUGAACCACCUGGGCCCAGCAACCAGCAAUCUCUUCUACACGAAGCCCCAGGCAUGGCAGGAGCUCCAUCUCUCACAUAUAUCGGUCAGCAGGUAAUCUCCGACAAGGGCAAUGUUCAUUCAGGUGCUCUUCCCCCCUGGAUGUUACCUGAUGAAGACGCUGGAAAUCCUCAGGAUAUUGGUCCAUCAGUUGAGGACUUCUUGAAAUACAAGGAGAAGAUGACUUUGAAGAAACUUCCACCAAACAGAGUGGGGGCUAAUUUUGAUCACAACGCUCCCACUGAUGAGAGCUGGCUUCCAUCCUUUGGCAGAGUGUGGAACAGUGGAAGGAGAUGGCAGUCACGGCACCAGUACAGAAAAGAAGCCAAAGACAAAAUUGCAAAAAGAAAAAGGACGGAAGAGAAAUAAAUGUCUGUGUGCAGUCUGUAAAGUUAAUUUGGUUUAUGUUAAUACUAUAUUUAUGCUGUAAAUAUCUAAUCAUUACCAUAAUUUGACUUUUUGGACAGUCUCCAUGAAAUGCUAACAAGCUACAAGUCUGACAUUUGUCCCUGCGAGACCUGCAGAGACUUAUUCUGAAAUUCAUUAAAUUAAAAGUUCA